UGCACACGUACCUAUCCCUCUCUCUUUUUUUUUUUUUUAACCCUCCUUCCACUGGCAAAAUCCCACCCGCACCCACUGUCGCUUGACUCACUCGACAAAAUACUGACCUAGGUAAUCCAAGCAUGAUAUCGUUGCCCCGAACAAAUCCGCGGUUGUAGAUACCGAUACUCUCACCACUCCCCCCCCCCCUCCUCCUCUCUCUUCAACAUCUCCGGCCUCUCUUGAAUGACCAUCCUCCUCCCUCGCAUCCUGAUCUCGGUUGGGAGCCUGCGCCAAACAUCGAGAAUCCAGAUUCAGAGAUACGCUCUUGGCCACUUCUCAUCGCGAACCGCGAGGUUCCGCUCGACGCACCAUACCCCCGGGUCGCUGCCCGACCAACCCAACAUGGCUCCCAAAUUCGAGCUCAAGACUCCGAAAGGAACCAAGGACUGGGAGGGCAAGGACAUGGUCAUUCGUGACAAGAUCUUCUCUACCAUCACCGAGGUCUUCAAGCGCCACGGCGCCGUCACCAUUGACACUCCCGUUUUCGAGCUCAAGGAGAUCCUGGCAGGGAAAUACGGCGAGGAUAGCAAGCUCAUCUACGACCUGGCCGACCAGGGCGGUGAGAUCUGCUCGCUGCGCUAUGACUUGACCGUCCCGUUCGCGAGGUGGCUCGCCAUGAACCGCGACGUCCAGACCAUCAAGCGCUACCAUAUCGCCAAGGUCUACCGGAGAGAUCAGCCGGCCAUGACCAAGGGCCGCAUGCGCGAAUUCUACCAGUGCGAUUUCGACAUAGCGGGAGUCUACGACGCCAUGCUCCCCGACGCCGAGGUCAUCCGCAUCGUGAACGAGGUGUUCGAUGCGCUAGGCUGGAAGGGUACCUACACGGUCAAGCUCAACCACCGAAAGAUACUCGACGGCAUUUUUCAAGCCUGCGGCGUUCCGGAGGACAAGAUCCGAACCAUCUCGUCCGCGGUGGAUAAGCUGGACAAGCUACCGUGGGCCGAGGUGCGAAAAGAGAUGACGGAGGAGAAGGGGCUCGAUCCAGAGAUUGCGGAUCGAAUCGGAGAGUGGGUAGUCUUGAAGGGCCAGAGGGAUCUCCUGGAGAAGCUCUGGGGUGACGAGAAGCUGUCGGCGAACGAGUCCAUGAAGCAAGGAAUCGCCGAUCUCGAUUUACUGUUCUCGUACCUCGACUUCUUCAACGCCCUAGACAUCGUUUCGUUUGACCUGAGCUUGGCGCGGGGCUUGGACUACUACACCGGCGUGAUCUACGAGGUCGUUACAGAGGGAUCUGCGCCGUCGUCGUCAACAGCCCCUGCACCUGCCACGGCCGCGCCGCCGCCCAAGAAAAGGAAGAGCAAGGUAUCUACGGAUCCCGACGAGGAUCGUUCGUCGGACCCAACAGUAGGUGUCGGUAGCGUGGCGGCCGGCGGCCGGUACGACAACCUGGUCGGCAUGUUCUCCGGCAAGAACCAAAUACCUUGCGUCGGCAUCUCCUUCGGCGUCGACCGAAUCUUCUCGGUCACGAAGGCGCGGAUGGCAGCCGACAAGACCCACGACCAAGUGCGGAAUAACGAAGUUGACGUAUACGUCAUGGCGUUUGGCGGCAAGGGCUUCAACGGCCUCCUGAAAGAACGCAUGGCAGUCUGCGGGUCGCUGUGGGGAGCCGGUAUCAAGGCCGAGUUCAAUUACAAAGUUAAGCCGAGGCUACCCAAUCAAUUCAAGGCGGCCGAGGUGAACGGCGUCCCGUUUGCCGUCAUUCUGGGCGACGAGGAACUCGCGCAGGGCAAAGUUAAGAUUAAGGAGAUGGGCCUUCGCGACGACCACCCCGAAAAGGAGGGAGUGCUCGUCAACCUGAGCGACCUCGUCAACGAAGUCAAGCAGAGGCUGCAGCGGAAGCAGGAGCUGGACGAGAUGACGCGACGGGCCGAGGGUCUGAAAGUGGUGCACGGCAUCAAGGGUGACGGCGUGGCUGCUAGUACGCCUGGCGAGGUCGCGGCAGCUCCAGAGGCGUCCACGGAACCGGCGCCAACAGAACCUCCCGCGACGGAGGAAACCAAAGCCUGACGGAAUGAUGCAUUCGAUGCCUAGCGUGCGAGAUUGGCGCCCACUUAGGGUGCGCCAUGCAGGAAUUUCUGGUCAGAUCAUUCGCGUGAGAGGGCGCGAGAGUCAAGUCUAUCAGUACUACUAUACCAUCACAUUUGGCCGGGGGCAGCGGAGUCGAAAGAGGAAGAAAGCGGAGGAGAGACAAGAUAAAGUCAUUCACAACAACAAACCGAGUCCCCCCCCCCCCUUCCUCCCUGUAUAUCACGAUUCCACGCUUAGCUCCCUCACCAGCUGCGUGCGUAGGUACCUAAACCGUCGAAACGGGAACAUUCUACCACUACGCAUUAGUCUGACCGCUUUGACAUGUUCGUAGUAUAUCCCGAAGCUCCACUUAUG